UAUUUAUUAUUAUAUUAAUAUUUAUCUAAAAUAUCAUAGGGGAUUCGGAAAAAGAAAAUUAAUAUCAGAGGGCAAAGGGGCCGAAGGGCGCUAUAUUUAAUAUUGAAAUCGCUGUGUGUUUGUUAGUCGACGAUCGAGGUCUGAGUCGUGGCUCCUCCUUAACCUUUUCCUUCUGAUCAUCCUCUUCUUCAAUGUGUAUGGUAUGGCCUACUCUGACAUCCUGAAUUUGUUGUUUGCGGUUGGGGUUUGGUGUUUUGCCUAUAUUGCUGCUGCAGUUCUUGAAUCUCUUCGAAUCUUCAAUUUUCUCUGCCCAACUUGAUUUGGUUAUUGAGGGCUGUUUGAAGGUGUCAUGGGGUAUGCUCAGCUUGUAAUUGGUCCUGCAGGAAGUGGAAAGUCAACAUAUUGUUCUAGUCUUUACCGACAUUGCGAAGCUGUUGGGAGGAGUAUACAUAUUAUAAAUCUUGAUCCUGCUGCAGAAAACUUUGAUUACCCUGUGGCCUUUGAUAUUAGAGAACUGAUUUCAUUGGAAGAUGUUAUGGAGGAACUUGGCUUAGGUCCCAAUGGUGGCCUUAUGUACUGCAUGGAACAUCUCGAAGAAAAUUUGGAUGAUUGGUUAACAGAAGAAUUGGAAAAUUACUUGGAUGAUGAGUAUCUAGUUUUUGACUGUCCAGGUCAGAUAGAACUUUUUUCGCAUGUUCCUGUGCUUCGGAAUUUUGUGGACCAUUUGAAAAGUAGAAACUACAAUGUUUGUGGAGUAUAUUUGCUUGAUUCACAGUUUAUGACAGAUGUGACUAAGUUCAUUAGUGGGUGCAUGGCAUCUCUCUCUGCAAUGGUCCAGCUUGAGUUACCCCAUGUUAAUAUUCUCUCCAAAAUGGAUCUUGUCUCAAACAAAAAGGAUAUUGACGAUUUUUUGGAACCAGAGCCUCAGUUUUUGUUGUCAGAGUUAAAUCAAAGGAUGGGUCCUCAAUUCGCAAAGCUGAAUAAAGCUUUGAUUGAACUGGUUGACGAGUAUAGCAUGGUGAGCUUUAUACCACUGGAUUUGAGGAAGGAGAGCAGUAUAAAGUAUGUGUUGGCUCAAAUUGACACAUGCAUACAAUUUGGAGAAGACGCAGAUGUGAAGAUCAAGGACUUUGAUCCAGAAGAUGAUGACUAAGAAGGAUGUGUUGUUGGGUUGAAAGCUUUUUGGUAUUAUGGAGUAUAAGGAGAGAUGUACUGAUUUAUGAUGAUUUUUAGAGGUUCUUUUAUAACUUGGAAAGAAUGCUCGAAACAGAGUUUGUGGAUUUUGAGAAAUGAAAUGAAAAUAGUUUCUCUUUGAAAUCUUUCAUUUGACAAGUACAUUUAUGUCGGAUUUGUUACGUGGAAGAGUUGAUAUUUAUUUUUUAUAUAGUGAUGUGAGGUUAUUAUAUAUGUAGCUAUUAAUCAUUAGCACUUUAUAUGGCUGAUUUUUCAAAGGAAUACUUCUUUUCUUAA